UGAAGGGAGGGAUGAGCAAUGAUGCUGACUCUGUUUGCGCCGCACAUCAGCAGCCAAGCUCCUCUCUCUCUCCGUCUCUCAGUCAGACAGACCCAGGCCAGGCAGUGGCAGCGCGUCCGCCCGGAGAGAGAGACCGCACCGCAUAGCGCUACUGCCGACUGAACCGUAAUCAUAUUCACGGUCUUUUCAAAUUGACGUCUCCUCUGACACCGCAUUCACAGCAAGAAACACCUCACCCCGGGCUUGGUUUUUUUUUUUAGGUAACUGGUUUGUCUCGACGACACAGAGAGGACCACACUCCCCCCAUCGUUAGCUCGCUAAGCUAGCUAGCCCGCUAACUUAGCUGUGAUACUUUGUACCGUAUCGGCGUCUGUUUUCUGCCUCGUCGCUGGCCUGCGGUCUGUUGUGCCACAGCGGUGGAUUGAGGUGCCCUGUCACUCUAGUCUGUCUGUUUCUCUCUUGUUCAAGGAGCAUGUUUGAGUGACAAGAGAAGGAGGAAGUGGGAUCUCUGACGCUCCGCCCUCUCUGCUGGUGGAGCACCCUGCACAUCUGACCAGAGACCCUUUAGUCACUUGAACAGGAUGAGAAGGUUUGCCUACUGUAAGGUGGUUUUGGCCACCUCUCUGGUGUGGGUGAUGCUGGACAUGUUCAUUCUGCUCUACUUCAGCGAGUGCAACAAGUGUGACGACAAAAAGGAGAGAGGACUGCCUGGGAGAAACGCAGAUGCCCUGGUCAGGCCGCGGGACGGGCCCGGUGAAGGGGGGAAGCCUGUGGUGAUCCCUAAGGAGAACCAGGAGAAGAUGAAGGAGAUGUUUAAGAUCAACCAGUUCAACCUCAUGGCCUCUGAGAUGAUUGCUCUCAAUCGGUCACUGCCUGACGUCCGGCUGGAAGGGUGCAAGAACAAGUUAUACCCUGAUAAUCUUCCUCGUACCAGCGUUGUGAUUGUAUUUCACAAUGAGGCGUGGAGCACACUGCUGCGAACCGUCCACUCUGUCAUCGACCGCUCUCCACACACACUGCUGGAGGAGAUCGUCCUGGUGGAUGAUGCCAGCGAGAGAGAUUUCCUAAAGCGGCCGCUGGAGCAGUAUGUCAGAAGGCUGGAAGUCCCUGUCAGAGUGGUGAGGAUGGAGCAGCGGUCUGGGCUUAUUCGUGCUCGCCUCAAGGGAGCGUCCAUCUCCACUGGCCAGGUCAUAACCUUUCUGGAUGCUCAUUGUGAAUGCACAACAGGGUGGCUAGAGCCUCUGCUCGCCCGCAUCAAAAAUGAUAAGAGAACGGUGGUGUGCCCCAUCAUCGACGUGAUCAGUGACGAUACAUUUGAGUACAUGGCAGGAUCUGACAUGACGUACGGUGGAUUCAACUGGAAGCUCAACUUCCGCUGGUACCCUGUACCCCAGAGAGAGAUGGACCGCCGCAAAGGGGACCGCACACUGCCUGUCAGGACUCCCACCAUGGCAGGCGGCUUGUUCUCCAUAGACAGAGAUUAUUUCCAGGAGAUCGGCACGUAUGACGCAGGCAUGGACAUCUGGGGUGGAGAGAACCUGGAAAUCUCUUUCAGAAUUUGGCAGUGCGGUGGGACUCUAGAGAUUGUCACAUGCUCUCACGUGGGUCACGUGUUCAGAAAGGCAACGCCCUACACGUUUCCUGGAGGAACGGGACAGAUCAUCAACAAAAACAACCGCCGCCUGGCAGAAGUCUGGAUGGAUGAAUUUAAAAACUUCUUCUAUAUCAUCUCUCCUGGUGUGACCAAAGUGGACUACGGUGACAUCACGUCUCGCUCGGCUCUGAGACAAAAGCUUCAAUGUAAACCCUUCAGUUGGUACUUGGAGAACGUCUACCCUGACUCCCAGAUCCCCAGGCACUAUUACUCCCUGGGAGAGAUCCGUAAUGUGGAGACCAACCAGUGCCUGGACAACAUGGCCCGCAAGGAGAAUGAGAAAGUCGGCAUUUUCAACUGCCACGGCAUGGGAGGCAACCAGGUUUUCUCCUACACUGCCAAUAAGGAGAUCAGGACAGACGACUUGUGUCUGGACGUGUCCAAGCUAAACGGACCCGUCAUGAUGCUCAAGUGCCAUCACCUCAAAGGCAACCAGCUCUGGGAGUACGACCCUGUGAAGCUGACCCUGAUCCACGUCAACAGUAACCAGUGUCUGGACAAGGCCAGCGAGGAGGACAGCCAGGUGCCCAGUGUCAGAGACUGCACACAUACACGCUCCCAACAGUGGCUACUCCGUAACGUCACACUACCAGAGGUCUUCUGACCACACUCUGCACACUCACAAACACACACACUCACACACACACAGUGGCCCAGAGUAAGCAAUCAUGGGAACAGACUGUUUAUGAAAAUUGGGCACCAGGAAAGGAAAGACUUCCCAUGAAGGGGAUUCGGGAAGAGAGGAGGACGGAUUGGACGGUACUACCUCUGCCACAGAUCAGAGGGAGGAGUGUAUUUGACCCUCAUCAGCGCGAGCAGAGAGAAAAGACUCCAUCUAGGAGACCAUGGCUGUUGUUCGUUUGUUUUGUUGUUUUUAAAGAGAUUUUAACUGCGGAGAGUGACUCGCUGCUGGGCGUGAAUAUGAGACUGGCUGGCGGGGCCGAGGUUCUGCACUCACAGCUUCCCUGGACAAAGCAGUCCACCCCUCAACUCAUCACUUAACGUUUACUGACUGCCUCUUAUGAGAGUGUGUGCCCUUAUUUGUGUGCGAAUGUGUAUUCUGAGAUGAAUGUAUGCUUUGAGAAGGGGGCUGAAUUCCUUGUUGUUUUCUUUUUUUGUUUUUGUUUUUUUAAUUUAAUUUUGUAAUGGAUUUUGAAACUCUGGUGAACUCCUAUGAAGAAGGGUGCAUGUGUAAGUGUGUGUGUGUGUGUGUGUGUGUGUGUGUGUGUGUGUGUGUGUGAGACUCAUGUAUGCCUGGCCUGUGUCAGAGCCCCUCCUACAGUCUUGCAGAAGUGUAUGUCUCCCUCUCGUGUUACUCCCCGGCAUUUCAUCCUACAGACUGAAGCGUCCUCGCUGAGGAAUUUCCAAGGGGCCGCGCAUAAAUAAACGAGAGGACCAACCACAAGGACCUGACGUCUGCCAUUGGCAGAGAUCUAGAGAUAGAGAAAUAUGAUGUUUGUGAUAUCUUAAAAAUUUCCAGUUUUUACAUGGUUUUGUCUGUUUCUACAGUCCUGUGAGAGUGCUACAGAGCCGUAACCCUAGUCUGUCUGUCCGUCUCUGUUGUCUUAAAAGAUGUUUAACAUAGAGCUAACACACACACAAAGAGGACUCUGCAUAUGUAACUGAUGUUCACUGCCUAAUGUAGUGUUAAACCAUAGGGACACGCACACACAGCCUGUAUACAUAUAGGGAAAAGGCUGCACUAGCCUGAUACUUUAAUCCAUUUUCUCAUAUCUUCUUCUCAAUGACCUCUUAAAAAAUACACUCCCAAGGGCUUCUUUCCUCCAGUGGAGUGUAUGGAUGGAUGUGUCUGUGUGUGUGUGUGUGUGUGUGUGUGUUUGUGUAUGGGUGGGUGUGUCUUCAGUACUAAUCCCAGUCCAUCAGCUCCCUGUUUACUAGAACAAACAGCUCUCAGAUUCCUUAGCUGUUGGACAACCAGAGCCUGUAGCGUAGUAGACUGACGGCAGAUCAGCAUAUCCCUGCGUACGUUGUACAAAAGAGCAAAAGCUGCUUUUAUUUUCUAAACAGAGCCGUGUCUCUGCACUCUCAUGAGGACACAUCUACAGCAGGAAGGGAAGCCUGGAAAGAUAGAAUAUCAAAACGAUGUCGCUGAGGUGUGUUAGGAGACCUAUAGUUGAUUAUAAUUGAAGAAAGCAGAAGGGAGUGAAGGGUUGAACUGUGGAUCACAGAGCGCAGCAGCAGCAGACAUAUCUUAAUCCAUAACUACAUAUCUUAUUUUGCAAGCGCACCUGCAGCAUUUCACUAUUCAUAUCUAAGUGAGUCGGACAGCUGAACAGUUACAUCAGUGUGUCAUUCUCAUUUCAACCAUCAUACUUUCUUUAUUCUUUUUUUUUGCAUCACUCCUGCGGCUGCGAGUCAGGGCAGGAGAGGUGACGUCAUAAAGGUUUUAACCAUUUCAGCUUCCUCCAGUGGAGGAGGGGUUUACACAUAGGACACUCGGUUCAUCUUUGUUGUGGGCAAGGUAGUGAGAGGAGGCCGUCGACUGAUUACAUGUCUGAGCGAGUGUCUGUGCGGUGAAGAUGUGAACGUUUUUUUUUUUUUUGUUUUUUUUUAUCGUAAGACAGAGGGAGUGUAACGAUUGUUCUGAUUGUUCUGGUUUGAAGUUAACUUACAUCUCCAGGCUUCCACACUAAGCUGAUCCAAAUGUAGAAAAUAAAGGCGAAAACGUUUACAGAACAAUACGAGGGAAAAUGUUGAUUUCUGCCUCUUUUUGUCUGCACACACACUCAUAAAACACACUUUCUCUUCAGUCAGAAGAAACGGUGACAAUUCACAAACAUGUGGGUUCAGUUUUAUUUUUAACAUGGUGAUUAAUUAAAUAGCCAACUGAUACUGAAUUUAUGAGGCCAGUAUCCAUAUUUGUCAAUACAGCAUAUCUGCCAAUAUUCUUUUUUUUCCAUAAACAAAUAGUAUAAACAAAUAAGGAUUGUUAAAUUUGAGUUUGACAUUCAUUCUUGACCUUGGAAAACAGCAGUUGACAAAGCAAUCUUCACUGAGACUUCACUUCACUGUGCCCAGUUGAGUUUUAUUGUAAACAAAAGCUAUAUUUAUGUGUAUCCUCGAGACCUGAUAAAUGUCUUGAAUGCAUUUCCUUCCUCAUAAAUCAUUUGAAAAUCAGA